ACUACUACUACUACAUUUGUUUACGUUUUCCAUGUUUACCUAUGAAUGCUUACCUAUGAAUGGAUAGUGGGGGAAUAAGAAGCGACUUCUUUUGGUGUUCCCCACCUCUAAGACCUGUUAGCCUCAUGCCCCUGAUCCAAGUGCCUGUCAUACCGCAAUUUGAAACUGGCUAUUGAAGGGGCAGAUACCACAUUAUCUGAGAGCUUAUUCCACGGGUCUAUAACUCUAAUGGCAAACCAGUUUCCCUUCAUUGUGGUUCGCCAAUGGUCUGGUUUACUUAGCUUGUAGGAGUGGCCCCGCAGUCGGUGAGUGUUGAGUUGAAAGAAUCUGGUGGUUAGAUUUGCAUUAUUUCACUUGUUAUUCAUUGGGAGAACCAUGGUCAGCUGAGAGAGGGGAAUGGCAGAGCGAGGAGGGACAGUAUUAAAUAGUGUGAUGCCAUUGAGCAGCAGAAGAGAGGAACAAGAGGAGGAGGAGGACCUGAGAAGCAAUACACGUAAAAAGGAAGAGGAGGACUUCCGAAGAGGAACAAGAGGAUCUACGAAGCAAUACACAUUUAAGGAAGAGGAAUAAGAAGAGAGGAACAAGAGGAGGAGGACCUGAGAAGCAAUACACGUAAAGAGGAAGAGGAGGACCUACGAAGCAAUACACAUACAGGGAAGAGGACCAACGAAGCAAUACACGUUAAAGGAAGAGGACCUACAAAGCAAUACACGUCAAAGAAAGAGGAACAAGAGGAAGUGGUCCUUCAAAGCCACACAUAGCAACACAUGUCAAAGGAAGAGGAAUAAGAAGACGAACAAAAGGAGAUCGAAGGUCCCACAUAAGAAGAGGAACAAGAGGAAGAGGACAUACAAAGCAACACAGCCCAACAGAAGACGAGGAAAAAGAUCCAACCCAAUAGAAGAGGAGAAGGAACAAGAGGAAGAGGACAUACAAAGCAACACAGCCCAGUAGGAGAAGAGGAAAAAGAUCCAACCCAACAGAAGAAGAGGAAAGAAAGAGGAAGAAGAGGGGGACCCAUGCUCUGACACAAGUAAUCAAGGAUGCCAUGGAGUCGAGUGAAACGAAGAAGCUGGUCAGGUUCUGCGUGGCCCCGGGGUGCUGCAACAAAGGGUCCCAGAAGCACAUUUCCUUCUACCAUUUCCCUCCAGUCAGCAGCAAGAGGUCAGCGAGGGGCAGCAGGCGAGGGCGGUGGUUCGAGGCAGUCAUGGGAGCCUUGCCGCCAGGGGAGACCUUGCCCUCAGAGUACUGGAAAUACCCUACAAAUGCAAGACUCUGUAGCAAUCACUUUAUAUCUGGGAAGAAAUCGGAAGACCCAUUAUCCCCUGACUACAUCCCGUCGGUGUUCGCCAACCAGACAGCCGAGGAAAGGAGGGCAGGGAAGGCUGCGCUGAAGGCCUACAACCGACAACACGAGGCAAAGGGUACUGUAUGGCCGAUUCAACCGAAGAGAAAACCAGGGAAGACCGAAGCCACACCGAAAUCUUCCGUCCCUAAGAGAGUGAGGAUAGAAGUGGCAAGUUCCCCAGUGACCCUGGAAGACAGCGAUACCCAGAGUGUUGCGUCGGGCAUGUUGGACUACGAGGAGGUGGCGAGGGCAAAGAAGGAAGCGCUGAGAGAGAGAGACCAGCAGAAGGAAGAAGAGGAGGAGGAGGAGCCCCAGAUCAUACAUAUACCAGACCAAUACCAGAACAGAGAAGAGGAAGAGGAAGAGGAGACUCAACAUAACCCAACCACCAUCAACCCCUUGACGAUCGAUCCAGUAGACGAUAGUUCAAAUACACCUUCCAAUGCGACCUCCCAGAACUUGGAAGAUCCGCUGGUUGAUGACGAGAGGCAUUAUCGUAGCAGUGGCAAUAGUUCUAGUAGCGAUGACAGCGAUGAUGAUGAUGAUGAUAGCAAGGGUGUGAAGUAUGAAGACCCCAGAACGCUGCUUUUAACAGGCAAGUACAAGGAACUGAUGAAGGCCCUGCAGGUGUACAGAAAGAAUCUUGCGGCCUCGACUGCCUCAGAGAAGAAUCCGGAACGCUUGGCCAUUGGAAAACAAAGACCAAACUAUGAGGCAACAACAGCACCUCCUAUGGAGCAAAGCGCGGGCAGCCAAACCAACACAGCCCCAGAGAAGGAAAACGUCACUCCCCUGGAGAAAAUGCCAACGGAACAGCCACCACGGACACCCCUGACCAUCUCGAUUGAAGGCGUGGAGUACAUUAACAUCAUGUCUCUGGCCCAGGAGCGCGCCCUUGUUGACUGGCUCAACCAACACAUCAAGAUGCAUCUCGCCCUGUCCUUGGAGGAUAUCUGCAGGCUGGUGCGUCGGUUCUGCGCUCAUUCGAAAAUCACGAUACCGACUGAGUGGAUCACCGACCCUUAUACCUGUACGCAGUGGGUGAAGCGAUUUCUGAGCAGGUUCGUGAUUGGGAAACCGCAUCGCCAGCGGAGUAAUUCGACGGACAACGAAGCUGAAAAUACCGAUAGCGACAUAGUGGAGGUUGUAGAAGACGCAUCACCCAGACCCAUGCCGGAGGAAGUGUAUGUGUGUGAUGACGGGACGAUUCAAAGCCCGCAGACUAUACUGAGGGACUUGAAGCUUGACCAUCCCUACGCUAUGCAACCCGGGACCAAACUGUGUGUGGUGAAUUACUCCAAAGGGAUGUGCAGCUUUGCGGAGGUGGUCAGGAUCUUCCCGGUGUCAAGGCAGCCAGACUCGUGAUGUUGGUAAAAGAUUGAAAAUGGAAGAACAGGAAAUAACAGAAACAAGAGAACAGGAAUUAGGAAAUAAAGAACAAGGAAACAGAAAAGAGAACAAGAAGAAAAGAAUGAAUGAGAUAAAAAGAACGAAAACAGAAGAACAGAAGAAAUGGAGAGAUAGGGUGCAGGAGUAUGUUAGGGAGAGGGGGGAAAGAUCUUUGAGAAACUUUGAGCAGGCAAGGAGGGAGUGUCUGGAUAGAGAAAGAUGGAAACUCUUCUGCUGUGGCCAUCCCCUGGUGGGAGCUCCUAGGAGCAGGCGUCAAUAAAAUGAUGAUGAUGAUGAAUACAUGUCCUAAAUAUAAUGAGGGUUUUUGAUAUGGGUUUAACAGCAAAGGGGAUAGUGAUGUUAGUGAUACAGAAGAAGUUGUAUUUUAUCAUGGUUAUUAUAGAGGUGUUAUUAGUUUACAAAGGCAAUAUGUGUCCUAAAUUAAGUGAGGGUUUUGAAAUGAGUGUAACAGCAUAUCUCAUUGUUAUAGAGGUAUUAUGGCAAGGGAAAAAAUGGCUCUGUCCCUUCUUGUGUGCACUGGGAAAGGCAGACUUCACAUCCCAGGGAGAACAAGAAAUGAGCUGCAAGGGAAAAAAAAAAAAAAAGUGACCUUGUAGAUGCUGUUCAGAGGCCUGCUUUUCCCUUGUAACGUUUGCCUUGCUCUCCCAGUAUGCACUAGGAAAGGCCCAUCCCAGAUAUUUUACAAGGGAAAAUGACCUUCAGUACACCAGACACAAGGUUGCUUUUCCCUUGCACCUUGUCUCUCUGUAUAUAUAAGCAUAAUACUUGUUGAAGGGUCAGUAUCUCAUGUAUUUCCUAUGUAUACUGGCCUCUCCUGGUAUUAUGUGUACUUGAAUCAUAUGUGUUCAAACUUUCCAUUGUAUUUUAGUGGAGAGAAAAGAAUUAAAACUCCUAUGGAGCUACCAAAGAAAAAUA